AUGUCCAUGUGUGUGCAAAUCCGAGAGUGCCCACAGGACGCGCCAUAUCUGGCGGCCCCUGCUGCAAUAUUGGAGUCUGUUGACACCAUAGCGCAGCCCGACAUUGGACGCGCACACAGGCUCUACGGCUAUGUCAAUGCAAUACAGGACCGCAUGGCAGAGGCAGUGGAAGGCGUGACUGAAGCUUUAGCUUGCGCUGCAAAGCUGGCCUCCUCUGGGACAGCUGUGUUGGUACAUGCCCGCGCAGAUUUGCGAGUGUGGGCUGCAGACGCGCAGGAAAGCCUUGACUUUGAAGUGCUGCCCAUUCUGAAAGGCCAGCGCUAUGUGAAGGCAGAGCCGGGCAGCCCACCCCCAGCCAUGAGGGGAAACUUGGAAGCUUGCAAGUAUUGUUCAGGCCUUUGGCACGUCAGAUCCACCAUGCGCAAUGCAGAGCAAAGGCCCGCCCAGCGCACCUUCUCUGAUCAGCUCUUCCGUGCGCGCAUCGCGGCACACCCGGUCAUCGUGCUGCCAACGAUCCAUCGUCUUCCGGAGAUGGGCAUCCCACAGGUGUGUGUUUUGGGUCGCUCCAAUGUGGGAAAGUCAUCCUUGAUCAACGCGCUGGUGCAUGGCAAGGAUGUGUGGGUGUGUGGGCCAGGUGCACCGCGGGGCGAUGCCGCGCCAGGAGAUUGCGCGACCCUCGGAGCUGCCAGGGCGAACCAGGUCAUCCCGUCGGACGCUCUGCUUUGCCGGCCCUUCGGCCUUUCGGCUGUGGCAGUUGACAUGGAACGUAGCUUCACUGGACAGGUCAUCGUUGUAGACCUGUCCGAGCUGGAUAGCAAGUCCAGUGAAGACUUUCAGGGCUCCAAAUGGCUGGAGAACAAGAGCCGGAACCGACAGCCGGUGGGCUUUGAUCUCGAGUGGCCCCCCGACCGGAUGAAGGAUUCCAACAACCCCAUCGCCCUCAUGCAAUUCUCCGACGACGAGACGGCCCUGCUCGUUCGCACGCACCGCACGGAGCGCUGGCUGCCGAACAUCCUCAAGCAGGUCUUAAGCUCGGAGAACUGCCAGAAGAUUUGUGUUGGCUGGGAUGGCGCCGACAAGAAGAAGAUGAAGAGCUCUUUUGAGUUGGAGGUGGCUGGCUUGCUGGACUUGGCGACCCUGGCUUCCCAGAAGGGUUUGCGCGAAAGAGGCUUAAAGGCCUUGGCUGAGCAUUUUGGCCUGCACAUGAAGAAGGAGACACGUGUGGCACGCUCCAAUUGGGCAGCGCUCCAUCUCACCGAGGACCAGAUCGCCUAUGCGGCGGAAGAUGCCUAUUUUACCUACAUCUUAAAAGACAAGCUAGAGGCUCUCCCUGACCUCGAAGAGGAGGGUGUGGAUCUGGCAGUUGAAGGGCAACUGGCUUUGCAGCCAGGCUGGAAGGAGGCGGGUAUCGUCCGCAAGCACGACGGGCUCCACUGCGCCUUGUGUAGCCAGGGGCCGAUGAACACGCACGAAAACGUGAAGAUGCACUUGAGAGGCAACAAUCACGUCAAAAAGACGAAAGCUUUGCAAGGAUUGGGUCCGGAGGGGCACUACGUCUUGACCCAGGAGCAGGAGAACAAUGGGAUCUAUGCGGGGGAUGGAACCAAUGGAGCAGAGAAAGGCGAGUGGAAAUGUCGCUUGUGUGAGCAUGUCGUCAUCAAGAGUGUGCAAAGCAUCGAGUCACACAUCAAGUCGAAGCAGCAUCAGAAGGCCGUUUCUCCCGAGGCAGAAGUGAACUCGCCGAGCAAAGAUCCGUUCGACCGCUUGUGGAACAUACCCGACUAUGUGGACUUUGCACAGCAAGAGCUGGUGUGUACCCUGUGUUCCUCAAAGUCUGCUAGUGUUCUUGGGAUGUACCAGCACCUGGCUGGCGAUAAGCACUACCGGAGAGUGCAGCAGAAGAAAGAGAAGGACAUCAUUUGGAUCAAGGAACGAAAUCAGCUUGAGUACACCGAGACCGGACGGCCCGUGGUGCGCAAGGGCUUCGUGCGGGGUCAGCCACGGGCGGAAGCAGAGGCCAAGGCGGCCCAGGGAAGCAAGGAAGGCAAGGAAGCCACGGGUGAGGAGAGCAGAUGGACUUGUCCUGAAGGGCUGCCGGACGGUUGGGCCAUGAGUUUCGAUGAUGCCUCGAAGCGCUACUACUAUUGGCCCGUAGCGGACCGAACGAAGACCCAGUGGCACUACCCCGCGGCGAACGGAGCGAAGCCUGCGCGAACGGAGAGUCGCUUGGAGGAGAAAGUGGAGAAGCCUCCAGAGAAGAAGGUGGAGAAGAAGGUGGAAGAGGCUCCCAAGCUCUCGAAGACAAGCGAAAGGACCAGCAAACUCCCCGAGGUGGACGACGAGUGGGAAGAGCAUGAGACAGAGUUUGGUUGCAAGUUCUACUACAAUCUCAAGACCCAGACCUCGCAUUGGCAGCGCAGCCUCGACCCUGCGCCGUCCAAGCCUCCCUUGUCGCGGCGCUUCGAGAUGCGUGGGGAGCGAGUCUCCAGUUCGGAGACUCUCCAGAGCAAGAGGAGACCUUCGACGGGGUCUCUCAAAGCAGAGAAGCGAUGCGAAUCCGCCGGUCGAGAAUGCGACGGAGUCGCGGAGAUCGUGCUGCCACCGGGCUGGAGGCAAGUCGCUGAUGAGGCCGGGAAGACCUUCUACUGGGAUGCGGAAACGCAAAAGUCGAGCUGGAACCCACCGCCCAACUACAAGCAGAAAGACUGGCAGCGAAAAGUCACUGGAGAAGGAGCUUACUGGAUUUGGAUAGGCACCGAGCUGGAGUCUUCCAUGAGUUUUUGGGAAUCGGACCCCAAUUGGAGUCGUCGAGUGGACCUUGAGGGACGCAUCUAUUGGAGCCACAGGGUGGACCAAGUGCGUUUCUACGAACCGGCCAUGUGA